GUACUUCAGUCUACAAUCUCACAUUGUUUUCAUCACUCUCUGAUGAUAGUAUUCCCCCAAAAUCCUACCUGCAAAUCGCCAGAAAACAAAAACGCAAACAGAGCAAUUCAACUACCCACUCUCCCCUCCCUUCCGCCUCAGUUUUCUCGCCACCAAUCCAUUGAAAAACACCCUUUUAUUUCACAACUCACAAUCUCAAUCCCUCAGCAAUGGCGUCCACUGUUUUCUCUCAAUCUCUCUUCUCCCUUCAGACCUCUUCCACCUCUCCCAUUUCUAGCAACACCAUUUGCGGGGCCACGCUUCCAUUCAAGCAGCCCUUCCUUCACCUUAAAUCCGACAUUACGAAGAUCCGCCGCAGUUCUGUAGUCAGCUGCACUUCCACCCCCGAUUCAUCGGAUACCCCAAUCGAGCUCAAGUACCCUUCAUAUCCGACGGUGAUGGAUAUCAAUCAGAUUCGUGAAAUUCUGCCUCACCGAUUUCCAUUUUUGCUUGUGGAUAGAGUGAUUGAAUACAGUCCUGGGGUGUCGGCUGUGGCCAUCAAGAACGUGACGAUAAAUGACAAUUUCUUUCCUGGCCAUUUUCCUGAGAGGCCAAUUAUGCCUGGUGUGCUCAUGGUUGAGGCAAUGGCUCAGGUAGGUGGGCUAGUGAUGCUACAACCAGAAGUGGGAGGGUCACGCGACAAAUUCUUCUUUGCUGGAGUCGACAAAGUAAGAUUCAGGAAGCCGGUGAUUGCAGGAGACACGCUAGUCAUGAGAAUGAACCUCGUGAAGCUGCAGAAGCGAUUUGGGAUAGCAAAGAUGGAAGGGAAAGCGUACGUUGGUGGCGAAGUGGUCUGCGAGGGCGAGUUCUUGAUGGCUAUGGGGAGCGACUAAUCAAUGUCCCACAACAGUAAAUGCUGUGUUCUCGUCUCUUUACAACUUUAUUAUUUCUUAAUUUUCUAGCCAACCAUGGAACUUCUUCUCCAUUUUUAUGAGGUUUAGAUUGGAUUCAAGUUUAAUUUUUUUUUUAUCUUCUAAUAACAUUAAUGUUCAUGUUAAUCUGAACUUGAAUGUUUACUUACGUUGGUGAUUGAAUAAAACUAGAUAGGUGCAUACUUUUUUAAUUUAA